AAAUUAUCCGGUAAAUCCAACAGAAUCAGUGGUUUUUGUUUUGAAAGUUCUUUGUUUCUUCUAUAGGCUCACCAUGAAAAAAAAUCACUGCUCCCUGGUGCUGGAACCACCAUGCUCAGACUUGGUCAUCGAUGUGGGAGAAGUGACUCUUGGAGAACGAAAUAGGAAUGAGCUGCAGAAAACACAGAGAGAACAAGAGAAGGCAAGAGUUGUACAGGCCGCGUGUGCGCUAUUAAACUCAGGAGGAGGAGUGAUUCGGAUGGAAAUGAAAAACAAGGAUGAGCAUCCUGUGGAGAUGGGACAAGAUUUAGAACUGGCUUUGAGAGAGCUUAUUCAAUCUUCAGAUUUUCAGGCUUUCUUUGAGUACAACCCACAAGGGAGGAAUUUCUACAUUUUUGUUAAGUCUUGGAGCAGCGACUCUUUCUCUGAAGACACUUCUGUCAAACCCCGCAUUUGCAGUCUGAGUUCUUCCCUAUACUGUAGAUCUGGUACCUGUGUGCUGGCCAUGGAUUCAAGAAAGGCAUUUGGCUUCCUGAUGACCAAGAAAAAGGAUGCAAAAUACCGUCUGAAUAAUGAAGGAUCUCCACCUAGUAAAAUUCCCCAAAUUGACCACCAGAAUACCUCUGAAUCAAAUCCUGCUUACAGAAUUUUUCAAAUGAACAGGCUUACAUAUGGUGAAAUCCUGCCAUUUCCUGAGUCUCAAUGCAUAGAGUUUAAACAGUUUAGUACAAAAAACAUGCCAAAAUAUAUAAAAAAUUUAAUUCCACAGUACAUCUCAGCAUUUGCAAACACUAGAGGAGGCUAUCUCUUUAUUGGAGUGGAUGAUGAGAGUAAGAAAGUCCUGGGAUGUGCAAAAGAAAAUGUUGACCUUAAGUCUCUGAAAGAUAUAAUAGCAGGAACAAUUUCCAAGUUGCCCCUUGUCCACUUCUGCUCUUCCCAGCCAAUGGUGGAGUACAGCAUCAAAAUUAUAGAUGUUUUUAAGGGAGAAGAGUUGUAUGGUUAUCUCUGUGUGAUUAAAGUGGAGCCAUUCUGUUGUGCGGUAUUCUCAGAAGAUCCCAAAUCAUGGAUAGUGAAUAACAAGAAAAUCUGUAGCCUGACAGCCAAGAAAUGGGGCGACAUGAUGAUAGACACAGACCCAGAGUUAAUUUCAGAGUUGGCCGAGGCUUUCGAAUCUCAGCUGAGUCUGUCCCACGGACCUCCACUUUGCAGACCAGUGUAUUCUAAGAAAGGUCUGGAGCAUAAAGCAGAUCUCCAACAACGUUUGUUUCCAGUGCCAUCGGAUCAUUUGAGAUACACUCCCGAAUCCCUCUGGCAGGAGCUGGUCUCAGAGCAUGAAGGACUGGAGGAGUUAAUACACAGGCAGAUGCGUCCUUUCUCCCAGGGAAUUUUGAUCUUCUCCAGAAGCUGGGCUGUCGACCUGAACUUGCAAGAGAAGGAGGGAGUCCUCUGUGAUGCUCUGCUGAUAGCACAGAACAGCCCCCCCAUUCUCUACACUAUUCUCGGGGAACAGGAGACAGGGGGGCAGGACUACUGCACCUCCACAGUCUUUACUUUGAAGCAGAAGCUGGUGAACCUGGGAGGCUACACUGGGAAGCUGUGUGUCAUGGCCAAGGUCCUCCGCCUGAGAGCUGAGAGCAACACAGACAGCUUAGGGGGUGAAGUCUCUCUGAUAGAUUACCCUAGGUCCUAUUCCUUUCUGGGCACCCAGCAAGCGGAAGCCUUGCUGCAGGCCCUGGUGAUCGUCCUCCUCAGCUUCAGGUCCCUCCUGAGUGACCAGCUUGGCUGUGAGGUUUUAAAUCUGCUCACAGCCCAACAGUAUGAGCUGUUCUCUAAAAACCUGCGCAAGAACAGAGAAUUGUUUGUCCAUGGCUUGCCCGGCUCAGGGAAGACAAUCAUGGCCAUGAAAAUCACGGAGAAGAUUAGGAAUGUGUUUCACUGUGACCCACGUGAAAUUCUCUACGUUUGUGAGAACCAGCCUCUGAGGGACACUAUCAGGAAGAUGAAGAUCUGCAAGGCGGUGACCCGGAAAACUUUCAUAAAAAGUAUAUUUAAAUUUAAACUUAUUCAACACAUCAUCAUUGAUGAAGCUCAGAAUUUCCGCAAAGAAAAUGGGGACUGGUAUAAGAAGGCAAAAGCCAUCACUCAGAGAAAAAAAGCUUGCCCAGGAAUCCUCUGGAUCUUUCUGGACUACUUCCAGACCAGCCACUUGUCUCAGAGUGGCCUCCCCCUUCUUUCAGAGCAGUAUCCAAGAGAGGAGCUCACCAAAGUGGUCCGCAAUGCAGACGAAAUAGCCAACUACUUACAAGAAAUAAUACAGAAGAUCAGAGAACAUCCUCCACCUAACCUUCCUCCUGAGUAUCUGGUCAUGCUCCAUGAAGCUGAAUGGGCUCCUGGUGUGACAGGCAGCAAAACGAUUAAAAACUUGAACUUGGAACAGAUGGUGACCUACAUAGCAAAUGAAUGUCACCGUCUCUUGAGGAAUGGUUAUUCUCCCAAGGAUAUUGCUAUUCUGUGCAGCACAGAAAGUGAAGUGAAUAAAUACAAAGAUAAGAUCUUGAAAGAAAUGAAGAAGAGAAAAUUUUCUCAGAUUAAUGAUGUAUCCAUUUUCACAGAGGACAUGGUGGACAGUGUCCGUCGAUUUUCAGGCCUGGAAAGAAAUAUUGUCUUUGGGAUCAACCCCACAACAGCUGAGACAGCCAUUUACAACAAUUUUCUGCUCUGUCUGGCUUCCAGAGCAAACAAACAUUUGUAUAUUCUCAGCCUUUCUAACUCAUGAGAAGACCUCAGUCUAAGAAGUGAUAAAGACAGAAUGUUCCCUUUGUUCCUGCAGUUUCAGAAAAGGAAUGAGUAUUCUGCAUCAGAAAAGUGCUAGUGGGAAUGCAAAUUAAUUCAUCCUUUUUGGAAAGACAUU